CUUCAUUUGUCUUUUAGGAUUCAUCGCAGUCCUCACCGAAUUGAAACCUAUCUUCAUACUGUACUUGCUGGUUUUGCUAUAUUAUAUCUUCUUUCAACUGCUACUCAUCGGAAAGUUCGCGGAGGACACGAACGCGUUCUUUGGCUGCAUAAAGGCACACAUACUUUCCACCAUCACAGACCACUACGAGGGUCUGAACAGCAGUGAGCCCUUCACCGUCACCUGGAACGUCCAUAUGAUUCAAAAUCAGUGCUGUGGUGUCGACAACUACUUGGACUUUGAAAAUGCUACAAAAUGGACUCGAGAACUGAAUCGUACUAAGCUAGUGAUUCCUAUGGCAUGCUGCCGUAUACCAUCAACUGACUUGGAAUGUUCUCGUAUGCCGAGGGACUACAACAGCCACUUCUUGACGGGCUGUUUCCCCAAAUUUAAGGAUAAAAUCGAACGGUGGAAGGACACUAUACUAGCCAUAGGAGGGACUAUUGUUGGAGUUCAGAUCAGUAUGGUGUUCCUGGUCCUUUACGUCAUGAAUCAGCUAGGCAUAGACGUAUGGUUUCGUGAGUUAAUCUUGAAACCUCUGGGUCUGAGCGAGCUCCCACCGGAGCCGACGCCAGAGCCGAUAACUCCCGCCUGAAAAACACAAGAAUUUCUGACAGUCCAGCUGUCUUUUUCGUUUCUUCUCGUUUCCCGGGUUUUGAUCAGUUUUGGCUUACCGGAGUUUUGCGGUUAUUUGGCUGUUGGAUUUGUUUUGCCUUUAAAACAUUUUGCUGUACAGGACAUUAUACUGUUACUACUGUGACUGAAGUCUUACUCACAGGCAGUGUUGAGGGUUGUGUACAGAGGUGGUAAGGAUCCUCUAGUCGUGGAAUCUCCAAUGAUGUGCAGAAAUGUGUGGCAAGUGCAUGCGUGACUGCAUGUUACGCUUGAGCGCAUCGACACGUACAACUGUUUAUGCAUGCAGGAGAAAGAUGGAUAAAAGGGGAAUUUGGAUUUUUUUUUGUGCGAAAAAAUAUAUGUAAAAAAUAGUUAUUCCUUUAAAUUUGAAAUAUCGGUUUGCAAUUGCUUAAGUAAAAUUUUUUUGAACAUUUGAUUUUGUUUAUAAGUGCAAAAACUCUAUCAUCCAAUUGUUAAUGCAUGCAGUUUAUGGUCACCUAUCUGUGUUACUUAUUCGCCAAAUUAAUUUAUAUCAAUUGUCUUUGAGUGUUUUGGGUGUUUUAGUUAAACCUCAAAUUUAUAAGCAGGUAAUAAUCAGUAAAGCUAUUAAGCAGAAUGUCUAUAUUGCCAACAUUUUUCUCCAGCAAUAAAGUAUAUAAAAAUGUUGCUAUAAAACACUAAAAUAAGAAAACAGUUAAAAAUACACUACAAACACUAUAUGUCUUGCAGUGUUUCAUAGCCGUAAAGUAAAUUUAUUUUUCGAAGCAAUAACAUGCUUUGUACAUUUUUAAGUCUUGGUUGCUACAAGAACAUGUUAAGUUCAAGCUCCCAAACCUUGGUCACUCCAACGUCUAUUAUAACUGCAAAAAAUGACUGUACAUCAAUUGUUUUA